UGCUGACAAGAGGAUGGAAUCAGCAGCUGGAUCUCACUGCGUUGCAUGACAGAGACACCGAGAACGAGGUGCGCCUUGUUAUCUUUCCAGUUAAUUGCUACCCAGAUAUUUUUGAAACACAAGGAGAACAAAUAUAUGUAAAUUCUCACCUCAGCGGGUCUGCGCCCUCUCACUGUAAUUCAAACCUCGUGACUCUUCAACGGUGCAUGCUGCAACCGCUGCGUAGGGACAAUAACCUGAAGGCAAGGCAGUCAAAGUAUCUGAGAGACAUAUCUGAAGGAAGGUUACCCUUGUGCACUUAUCUGAACGCAUCCUCCCACGCUGUGUGUCUGGGAGAGCGCUCUAUUUGGAGUCUGUAGCUGGCGGUCAUCCGGCGCCCAUUGAUCUCGUGGUUGUCCCUGCCCCGGCCUCCCGAGUGCCCCCCUGCAGCAGUACCCUGUGGCGUUGGCAAGGCCAGGAGAGAUGGGGCGCAAGCUGGACCUGUCGGGCUUGACGGACAAUGAGGCAGAUCACGUGCUGAAGGUGGUGCAGAGGGACAUGAAGCUGAGGAAGAAGGAGGAGGACAGGCUCAGUGAGAUGAAGCAGGAGCUGGCGGAGGAAGGCAGCAGAUGCUCCGUCCUCUCCAAGCAGCCCCGCUUCAACGAGCGCUGCUGCAUCCGCUGCUGCUCUCCCUUCACCUUCCUGGUCAACCCCAAGCGCCCGUGUCUGGACUGCCAGUACAACGUCUGCAAGUCCUGCCGCACCUACAGCAAGCGGGAGAAAGCCUGGCUCUGCGCCGCCUGCCAGAAGACCAGGAUAUUGAGGACCCAGUCUCUGGAAUGGUUCUAUAACAACUUGAAGAGCCGCUUCAAGAGGUUCGGCAGUGCCAAGGUUCUGAAGACGCUCUACAGGAAUCACAUAGUGGAGAGAGGAGGCUACUCCGAUCUACCAGAAAGCAGUGUUCACGACGGAAGCAAUGGCAACGAUGGCAGCGUGUGUGGCAGUGACUCCACCUUCUACAGGCAGAGUGAAGGACACAGCAUGGCAGAGACCCUCACUGUUGCCCUGCGUGUUGCUGAGGAGGCCAUAGAGGAAGCCAUCGCCAAGGCAGAGGAGUUUACUGACAGCUUGGAGAAGCAGAAUGAGGCUCGCUACCUACGGGACCACAAAGAGGAGCUUAUAGAGGAACUUGCCACAACCAUCGUACAAAAAAUAAUCCAGAGGAGGAAGCGUUCAGAGAUGCAGACAGAGUAUGACUUUGUUUGGCCCCAGAGCCAGGGCCAGCCCCAGGGCAGUGAGAUGUCCUCCCCCAGCCAGCCCCCUCACAGCACCCUGGCCCAGGCCAACCAGGCCCACCUCAAGAGUUCCUAUUCCCUCUGGAGGUCGCGGUCUGCGUUCUCCCUGACCAGUGACGAUUCUCCAGAGAAGAACACCGAGGCACUAGUAGGGGCGGGGGGAGGUGAAGGGGUACCGGACUACGCCUCUCUGAAGAAGGAGACCGCCAGGGCCUCCUCACUGCCCAGCUGGAAGAGUGUGGACCGCCUGGACAACUCCAGUGCGUCCUCGGUGCUGCAGAGCCCUGACGGUAACUGGAUCGCUCUGCAGAGCUCUCAGCACUCCCGUCCCAGCCUACUGACCAAGAGAAAGUCGCUGGUGUUCAGCGUCCUGGAGAAAGAGUCCGACGUGGUCUCGGCCUACGACGAGAUGGGCCCCGAGUCCGACCAGGAGGACGACAAGGGGGGCUGGGGGGCCGCGCUGCGCCAGUUCCAACGGAAACUCUCCGACGAGACCUACUACACGGACUCCCAGCACGACCCUGAGUGGACGUACACCCCGGUCCACCUCCCGGUCACCUCGCCCUCCUCGGGCCAGUACACCAACACAGAGACCCUCAACUCUGACUCAGAGUGUUCCUCUGUACCCCCCGCCCGCCCUCACAAACCCCUCCAGAACAUAAUGAAGAAGACAGGCCCUAACCAGGACCCGUAUCUUCAUCCCCAGCAAGCUCAGAACCACCAUCAUCAGCAUCAACACCAGAACCCCCCUUCGUACUCGCUCCACCCGGAGGCGCUGGAUGUGAACUUUAACCCCAAGGUUACGGGGGACAGUGGGCAAAGCAACCAUGUCAGGAGGUCGCGGAGACGCAGGAAGAGCAAGAGGGAGCUGGGGGAGAACCAGGCCCACGCACAGACACAUACACAGCCCCUUUAUUCGUCAUCUGCACAGGAGAACAGUUUCCUGCUGAACGCCCUGCUGAAGAGUGGCAUGAGUGAGGAGACGCCAGGGCCUGACGUGGGGCCCGUGCCCGAGACCAACUCUGCGGUCAUGACCCCCGAGCCCAAGAACCAGGACACUGUGGCCCCUAACUCUGCGGCCCCCAGUUCCCCUAACUGCAUGGCCCCUGCCCCUGGCCCUCUGUCCCCCAGCAGCUCUGGGCCCGGCUCGGGAGACACACUGGAGCAGGAGCUCUACUCCAAACUGGGCCAGCUGGUUGAACGAGCCAGCAGCAAGGAAGUAGCGAGCUCAUCCGAGGAUGAGCCAAUCAAAAGUCCCGGAAGGAGAGACAGAGAAAGUGACAGACAGAAAGAGAAGCUGAGGCCGAUUGAGAGAGAGCGAGAUCCCCAGGGACAGAGUGAGAGACAGAGCAGUAAAAGUAGGGAUAGGACGAAGCGAGAGACGAUUGAGUCAGUGAACGGGCCGGAACUGAAAAAGAGAGAGCGACUAAGGGAAAGUCUGACAUUGAGACAGGAGGAGAGUGUGAAGGAGAGGAGUUUGGAGAGAGGAGGAAAGAGUUUGGAAGAGAAAGUAGAUGGCAGGGAAAAUAAGACCGUGGAGAAGAACAGGCAAAGUAAGAGACUACAGAGAAAAGAGGUGGACAGAGAGACCGAAAGAAAGGGGGAACAAGUGGAAGACCGAAAAGAAAAGACAGGAUCCACGCCCUCCUCGCCUGCAAUUACCCCAUCUAUCCAGGAGGGGGUGGUGUGUGACGAACAGAAGUACUCGGCCGCAUCGCUGUGCAGUAUCACCACAGAGGUACUAAAGGUGCUCAACGCCACAGAGGAACUGAUUGGUGAGGCGGGGGGCGAUAGUGUCACCCCCUCUGAGUGCAUGAGCGCGUCUGAGUCCUUCCUCAGCAACUUAGAGACCAGGAAGCUGGACCAGAAACUCACCAAGAUGGAGGAAAACGUGUACAUGGCUGCGGGGGCGGUGUACGGCCUGGAGGGGGCACUGGGGGACCUGGAGAAGGUGGCCCGAGGCAUCAGCAGUGGCACCUCAGACAGAGACCUGGCCUUCCUGGAGGACCAGGUGGCCACUGCUGCCGCCCAGGUGCAGCAGUCUGAGCUCCAGAUAUCAGACAUCGAGGAGAGGAUAUUAUCUCUAAAAACAGCUGGACUGAAUGUCACCGCCUGCAAUCGUUUCUCCAACUUCUCCAAGCCAAAACCUAAGCCUCAAACCCUUGACACAUCACGCCAACAGAGGAGAAAACUACCUGCCCCUCCGGUCAAAGAUAAGGAGUCUGAGCAGCAGGUAACAGCACUUCAUCCGUAGCGACAGACAGAAAGCACAAAGAGUCCCUCAGGGGCCCCGUGGGGUCUCUCCACUCCAGUGCCUUGAUCCAGCGUCUGCCUUGGGCUAUGCAGGGGCCAACACCUGCCCUGUGCACCCCACCCAGCGCUCUCCUCAGCCAGGCACGGCCCCAUCCAGUCACCCCCUGAAUACCUCCAGACCCCCUUCCCUGCCUCCCCCAGCCCAGGACCGACUCAUUCAACCCCUGUCCCAACCUACUCCAUCAGCCCGCUGGGCCUCAUUCACUGUAACUACCGCACCACAACGCCCACAACAGGGUGGUUUGAUAGACGACGUGUCUCUGCCUUAAAAUCAGCGAACGAACACUCCUCGCCGAGACAACUCACUGUCCUACUGUCAAAAGAAGACCUAACUUCAAAGUCCUUGUACAGAAAAUAAGAAAACCUCUGUCAGUCUUUUUUUCCUAACUGUUUGCAAGGGUGUUGUAGGUGUUUGAAGAUGUGAAAAACCAUGUGAAAACUUCUGUGAUGAAUGUCCCAAAAAAGGCUGAACCCAUGUUUUUAUACUACUGUUUUGGUCUUGUUGUUUCUCUCACUGAUGAAAUGUCAUGAUGAAUUGCCGAGCACCUACAGAACCUGUUCGAUGUUGUUUUAUUAUUAUUUCUGUGUAAAGACUCAAAAGUAAUAAUUUCCUUGAACUAGCAGAUAACAAUCCUCAUUCACCACGAUCUGGUCUGACGUGCUUUCGAAGUUUAGAUUAGAGGUUCACUUUAAGAAACGUCUGGCGUCCUCUCCUGUUCCUUAAUUAAUCAUUUACAUUUACUCAAUCUUUUGAAGGAGGUGAUUUUGAGAUGACCUAAUUACUCUGGCGCUUAGUUACCAUAUGUGGAGAAAGAUUCACUACAUUGCUAGGCCCACACAAUGACAAUUUAUGGAAUAUAUGUUUUGUAAGGCCAAAAUAACCUCCAUCUACAGGUUGUGAGACUUUGGCAUCUGGCUCCAGAGAGACCAAGGCCAAAAUAAUGCAAUGCAAAAUAGUUAGUUGCAUUAAUUAACAAAUAAUGAAACAUUUAUCACACAAAUGGUCUACCUAUUAUGUAAAGUAUAUGUAAAGCAUUUAUGAACCCAAAGAAGCCAACAUUAGAAUACAUUGACACACGUUUCUUAACCAAACAAAAACCUCUCUCUAUGAAAUCUUCACCACUCUGUCUUUUAAAGAAAAAUAUGCUUCAUUCUAUAGCUAGAGGACUCCUGAUAUCUCCAGGAGUGAUAAGCAUCAUUUUUGUCUUCAUUUGUUGUUGUCUAGUACUGUCUUUUGCUAGCUAGGGCCAUCUACUUUAAGUGAUAUCUGUCUUCCCAGUAGUAUACGUGGUGUGUGAACUGCUGACUGUUCAUAACUUGCAGAUGAUGGUUGACACAUUAACUAGGAUUAAAGGACAGGGCAAUUUGUGCGUGAACUAAUACUCACACUUAGCUGAUAGCUACUUUAUUGAGCAAAAAUAUAUGUACUAUGACUGAGAUAUUUGGCUGUCCCACCUAGCUAUCUUAAGAUGAAUGCACUAACUGUAAGUCGCUCUGGAUAAGCGCUAAAUGACAAAAAUGUCAAAAGUGUUUUUUGCUUGUUAUUUUUAUGUUUCAUUUGUUUCAGCUUUGUGGCCUUUAUUCGGCACACAUUUUGAUUUCUCUCCUGUGCUAUAUGGCUCCAAGAAUUAAUUGUACGUUGUGUUAAAUAUCUUGUAAAGAUUUAUACAUAAUGAAGUCUACUGGGCUUUAUGACAAAAUGCCAUGAAAAGCAUGAUUUUAUUUUUGUACUUUUGAAGAUUGUUAUUACGCAGUUCUUUUCUCUAAAACAAAGUGGGCGGAAACCGGUCUAGGCGUUAUUCUCCCCCUCUGAAAGGUUUUCUCAUCAGCCAAGUCUGAAACCGUGUCAUGUUUCCUUCUUCAAAGUGCUUUACAUGUAUGCCUGCAUUAAUUGUCUGAAAAUGUGUGAUUUUAAUGGGGAUGACGGUAUUCAUAUUCACGAUAACAUGGGAGAUGCGAUAAAGAGCAGUUGAUGCAGUGUCUGGUAUUACUCCGAUGACCGGGGUGAGAGUCUGGAAUGCCGGGCCUGUUUUUUUUAUCAGCGUCUCAGAGUAGGAGUGCUGAUCUAGGAUCAGGCUUUCCCUGUCCAUGUAACCAUAUUCAUUGUGAUCUACAACACAAAAUGGAUCCUAGAUCAGCACUCCUACUCUUGUGAUACUCUGAGAGGCCCUGAUCUUUAUAUUGAAAAGAUUAGAUAGUAUAUUAAUAUAGAGGAGAUGAAAUGCAGUGUUGAGGGAUUCUGUUCCUUAGUAAUUACAGGUAAAAUAGUAUGACGUUUGCGCUGGUUCAGGUUGUUACGUGCAGGUUGACCAUUCUUCAAGCCGAAUCUAUCGCGUGGGGUCAUGUUGUGGCUCAGUUGGUAGAGCAUGACGCUUGCAACGCUAGGGUUGUCGGUUCGAUUCCCACGGGGGACCAGUAUGAAAAUGCUACUGUAAGUUACUCUGGAUAAGAGCGUCUAAUAAAUGACGAUAAUAUGUAACGCCCUGUACCGGAGCUAGAGACACCUAUACCUAUGGACUUCUGUUAUAUUUAUAUUAUAUUUGAACACUGUCCACUGGUAAGUCCUUCCAUCCAUCAUAUGAUCCCAUUUUGCAGGUUAUGCAUAUCGUUCCUGUGUGUCGUCGUUGUUCCUGGAUGUGUGUUGUGUAUCAACGCAUGUUUCUGGUUUUAAAUAGAUGUACAAAAUUCGAGAAGCACAGCCAAGGGGUUCAUUAUUAUCAAUGUCCUGUAUUUUUCUAUUGUAAAAAAAAAUAUUUUAUCUCACCUCCUAAUUUGUUUAUAUAUAUAUAAAUAUAAAUAUAUAUAUAUAUAUCCAUAUAUAUGUAAAAAAAAAUAAUAAAAAAAAUGGAUAUGACAUAAGAUAAUUGCCCAAUCAUAAACUUGAUCCUUCUGUGUUGUCUGCGGGAGGCAACCAGCUGUCUAUGUUCCUAGGCCGCAGUGAAGUUCACUUUGCACACCUCUGAUGGACUAUUCACUCAUAUGCGCAAUCGUCUGUUGCAAUCCAUAUCAUGUGUCGGGGAAAAAAUAUUACGAAGCAAAAAAUACAGAUUCUCUAUGUGCCAAAUUGCUCUGAUUUGAGAAAAAGUGUAACACUGAUUGAAUAAAGUUUGCACCUGAAUGAC